UGCAUUAGAUGCAACAUAUGGUUUUAAAAUAGAAAACUAUUCAUUGCAUCAUGUCUAAACGUUCCAAAGUUCCCAUUACUGCAACUCAAAGGUUAAAGCAAGAUUACAUGAGGCUAAAGAAAGAUCCAAUACCUUACAUAACAGCUGAACCUCUACCUUCCAAUAUAUUGGAAUGGCAUUACCUUGUAACUGGACCAGACGAUACCCCAUACACUGGAGGUUUCUACCAUGGUAAAUUAGUCUUUCCACGAGAGUUUCCGUUCCGUCCACCAGCCAUAUAUAUGAUCACACCAAGUGGUCGAUUCAAAUGCAACACACGACUCUGUCUCUCCAUUAGUGACUUCCACCCAGAUACAUGGAAUCCUGCCUGGUCUGUAGGAACAAUUCUUACUGGGCUCCUUAGUUUCAUGGUGGAGGAAACACCAACUCUUGGAUCAGUAGAAUCUUCCGAUUUUACGAAGAGAAACCUCGCUGUAUGCAGCCGCCUUUUCAACAUCCAGAAUAAAACUUUCUGCGAAUUGUUCCCAGCCAUCACAGAAAAGAUUAGGUCCUCCAUUGAGGAAAAAAGCAGCUCUAAUCAUACCCAGUCUACUACUGAGCAAAACACUUCAGAAGUUACCAACCCCGCUAAUGUAAAUAAUCGGCAAAAUCACGAUGAUGGGAACAGAGGUUUCGCAAAUAUAUUUAUUCUUAUUGGUGUGGCAGCUUUUGGGUUUUUAGUCAACACAAUUUUAAAGACCUUAAAUUAGAUGUCAUGCGUUUAAGUUAUUCCAACAUGGUGUAUUUUCCUGCACUUACACACAGUAGGUAGAAAUUGUAAAUUUAGCUUUAAUGUAAGUAACUACUAACCCAUUGUGUUGGUUAGUUUCGCCCUUCUUUCUGUUCUAGAUAAGAGAUUCCUUAACACUAAGGUCACAGAACUCUUGGAUCUGUUUGCAACAAACCAAAUGUUUAACGGGCCUAACUUACAUGUUGCAAUUUAAAAAAACAAAAAAACAUUUUGAUAUAUUAAUGGUUGAAUAGUAAAAGGUUCUUGCCACAAUUUACCAAAUUUAAUGCACAUCAUUGGCGUUGUACCACUGAUAAACUAUCUAGACUUGCAUUAAUCCCUAGUAAACAUAAAUUAUAGUUUGUUUUAUUUAGUUCCUAUUUAUUAGAUGUCGUUUAAAAAUCCAAGCAUAGGCGCUAGUGUAUAAAAUAAAACCUUGAAUUUAUUUUGCUCUGGCCACAUUUAGAUUUAAACACUGCUGAAGUUUUGUGUUUUAAUUUAUCCUGUUUUAUUUUUUUGUAGGUGAAUAAUGUUCUUAUACUUCUUUCAUUGUUGAGGUGUUAAGAUUUGAACAAAGCUGUGUAUAUAAUGCUUUGCUUUGUACAAUAUCUUUGGAUAUAUAGUAAGGUGGGGAAAGAUGGGAUACCUUUUAGUUCUAUUUUAUCACUUAGAUUUGUAAUAAAGAAAAUUCCUAGAAUCAUAAAACGGUAUCCUCACGGCUCCCAUAGACUGUUGUUAAUUGUUUGAAACACAAUCAAGAUAAUUGGAUUUUUUGUGCUAAAGGUGUCCCAUCUUCCCCCUCUUACUAUAUAAUUUGUUUAAUAAGAUUUGGUAACUUAAUUUUCCUGUAUAGACAUGGACCUGAAUGAUUAAAAUGUUUCUGUUUAAUUUAAA